AUGAAGUUUGCUUCAAUAAGUUUAGUAAAGUGUACUCAUCAGACAUCGGACUCCCUCCAUAAUUCUACGUUUCUGGAUCGACAAGCCAUACUAGGAGCAUUCGCCUUCACACCGUGUUACCGUCAGAAUUCUCGACCAGGCUACAAUGACCAGCUCAGCGGCUCUGUGGCUGUUCGUCGUGUCACAUGCGUGCUGGCUAGUUAA